AUGAGUUUAAAGAUGGAGCCACCAAAAGCAUGGGCAACCUCAAGGCUACCAGUCCAUCUCCAAAGACCUGAAUGUUCCUUGGCCAUUACAAGGAGGUCAAGAAUUCAUGGAGUUACGAUAACUCAGGUUGUCCAGCAAGUUCCGCAAGGAAAAUCAACACCUGACUUCACCCGGAAACCAAUGGCAAUGACCGUCCACGAAGGGAGAAGAGCUUUUUUCAAAGCAAUCGUCAGUGGCGAGCCAACACCGAAUGUCACAUGGGGGCGAAACAAGGGGGAUGUCAAUAACACAGAGAAGUACAAAAUUAGAUAUGAUGAAAAAGCCAAGGAGCAUGUCCUUGAGAUACCGAUAGCAAAAGCUGACCUUGCCGACACUUACAAAUGCUUUGCCACCAAUGAAUAUGGAACGGCUGUUUGCUCUGCCACCCUCAAUAUCAUUAAAGGUGAGAAACAGUCUUUCUUUACAGAGGAAGCGCCACAGGAUUUCAGAGCUAUGCUCAAGAAAACUGUUGUCGUCACCAAGAAAAAACAAUUGCCACCGAAGAAAGAAGGAGAGCUUGACCCUAAACUUUGGGAAGUGCUCCUCACCGCACCAAAGAAAGACUAUCAAAGAAUAUGCUUGGACUUUGGUGUUACAGACUUCCGAUGGUUGCUGAAGAGACUGAAUCAGAUGAAAAAGGAAAGAGCUGACGAACAGGCAAAAGUUGUUGAAGAUCUCGGGAACGUGAAACAAAUUGAAUUGAAACCAAACGGAAAAGCAGAAUUCAGCCUCAACAUGUCUUUACUGGAUCCUAACACCUCUAUUUACCUGUACAAGGACGGUACGGCAAUUCCAUAUGGAAACAAUGGAAACUCAAAGCACAGUCUGCAGAAGCGUGGAAACAAUUAUUGUUUCACCAUCAAAGAUCCCCAGCCAGAAGAUGCCGGUUUGUAUCAGGUUGAUGUUGGCGAGACAAACGUCCUUACGACCGACUUCCAAGUUCCUGAUGUGGAGUUUGUAGACAAGAUUAGUAACGUGAAGGCCUUGGAAAACAAAGACGCCUCUUUUCAAUGUGUUCUGUCAACACCAAUCAACAGAAUAAAUUGGUCAACACCAGAUUCUUCGCUUGAACAUGGCGAGAAAUAUGAGAUGAACACCUCAGAAGACAAAAUGACACAUACUCUAACAAUUAAAAAUUGUGAAACGACUGAUAAUGGAGCAUAUUAUGCAAUUGCUGGCAUUGCGGCAUGCAGUGCAUCUCUCUCAGUGGAAGCCGAUCCAAACGCCCAUAAAGGUCCAAAGGACGAAAAAGCCAAGCCUCAGAAUGACCAAGCUAAAUUGGCUUUGGAGCAGAAGCCACAAAUGGAGAUAGAAGACACAGACAAAAAUGGAGGACAAAAUGAGUCUUGCGGGAAGAUCAGCUCUGGAGAAGGUGAUGAAACUACAGCUAAGACUGAUAUAACCAAGGGUGAUGGCGCUGAUGACGUCUGGGAAACUGUUGUGAGCCAUGUUCUCCUGCUUCCUACAUUUAUAGAUGAAGGUGUUCAGUUUGUCAGCGGGCUGUCAGAUACCACCGUUAUUACUGAAGGACAGGCAGAGCUAUGCUGCAAAUUAAGCAAUGAGAACUCGGAGGGAAGAUGGUACAAGAAUGGAAAACUGCUCACCAAAAAGGAUGGGGUCAGGAUUGUCAAAGAUGGAGCCUAUCAUAAAUUUAUAAUUGACUGCUGCAAAAGUGAGGAUGUGGGUGUGUAUCGCUUUGAGUCAGAUGGACGUAAAUCGGAAGCCACGUUGAAUAUUCAAGAUCCACCAAAGAUUGAUGCCAGCUCUCUUGGAGAAUUCGGAAAACCAGUAAUUGUGAGAGCAGGCGAGACUGCUGAAUGGAACCUUCAAUUUUCGGGUGGACAACCGACAACCAUUCAAUGGAAUAAGGACAACGAUGAGCUUUUCCCUGCCCUCAAUGUGAAGAUUGAAAAAUCAGCCACUAAGAGCAAACUACGCCUUUUAAAAUGCCAAAGGAAGGACAGUGGUGAAGUCAGAAUAAAAAUAAAGAAUGAAUUUGGUACAAUAGAAGCAAUUUCCAAACUCAUAGUCUUGGACAAACCCACACCACCGCAAGGACCCGUUGACAUUAUGGAGAGUGCUGUGACAUCUAUUGAGUUCAAGUGGAAACCGCCAAAGGAUAAUGGUGGAUGUCCAGUCACUAACUACAUUAUAGAACGCCAGCAGGUUGGUCGUAACAAAUGGUCCAGUCUUGGGGAGAUCAGUGGCAGCAGUACGUUCUACAAAGAUUGCGAUGUGGACCCUGGAAGAAAAUACUGCUAUCGGAUCAGAGCAAGAAAUUUAGAAGGUGUUAGUGACUACCUUCAGACAGAAGACAUACCGGCCGGAGUGUUACGUUAUCCGGGAACCCCUUCAGCACCGAAAGUGGUCAGUGCCUCUAAAGAGUGCAUUAUUCUGGCGUGGAGUGCUCCAAGUGACACCGGAGGGACCAAAAUAAUGGGCUAUAAUUUGGAAAAAAGGAAAAAAGGCACAAAUUACUGGAGCCUUGUAAACCAAGGAGGACCAAUAAAGGACUCCAAGUGUGAGGUGAAAGACUUAUUUGAAGGGGCUGAAUAUGAAUUCAGGGUGUCGGCAAUCAACCUAUCUGGUCCCGGGGAUCCAAGCAUGCCUUGUGACACUGUAAUCGCCAGAGAUCCCAUGAAACCUCCAGGGAAAGUCACAGAUCUCAGAGUAACGUCGAGCGACUACACAACCUUGUCGCUAGCUUGGACUAAACCCAAGGAAGUGAAAGGGUUGCAGGAUGAAGCGCAGGGUUACUACGUAGAGAUCAGACCUGUAACGAGCCCUGAAUGGACCCGAUGUAAUGCCAUACCAAUUAUUCCCACUACUUACACUGUGAGGGGUUUAAAGGCCAUGGCCGCUUACUGGAUUAGAGUAGUGGCUACCAAUUAUGGAGGUGAUGGAGAACCUCAAGGCUUUGACAGUCACAUUACGGCCAUGCCCCCUCCUGUGCGGCCAAAGUUCAAAGACCGCAACAUGAAGAGCUUCGUAGUCGUGAGAUCGGGAAACACCGUGCGCCUCAACAUCCCCUUUGAGGCAUCACCCUUUCCUGAGGUCUCCUGGUUGAAAGAUGGUAUUUUAGUACCUAAGCACGUAACAGUCACCAACUCUGAUAAAGCGUCUCAAAUCUUGAUCCCCACAUCUGAGCGCACCGACUCUGGAGUCUACACCGUGAUCGUCAAGAAUCUCGUAGGUCAAGAAAGCUUCAACAUUGAAAUUAGAGUAACAGAUGACCCUAAGCCUCCAGGUCCAGUGGAGCUGGAGCAGAACGUCCCAGGAACAGUCACGUUGUCCUGGGCGCCCUCUCCAGACGAGAUGAAGGAUGACAGGCUGCAUUAUGUCAUUUCCAAGCGGGAUUCCUUCAAGCCAACAUGGAGGACAGUGGCAGAAAAUAUCUUCAACAACAGGUUUACUGUUGUGGACAUUGUGCCCGGGCGGCAAUAUCACUUCAGGGUGUAUGCUAAAAAUGACAUAGGCCUGUCCAUGCCAUCCGUAUCACCAGGGUUCGAAACUAAGAGGGACAGAGAAAAAUUCACGGUCAAAGAACCACCGAGAAAAUCUGUUGAUUUAUCGUCAGCGCCGUCUUUCAUCACACCACUGAAACGCCACAUGCCUCCAGAAGGCUAUGAAUGUCACAUGAGCUGCGCAGUCAAGGGCGACCCGGCGCCCCGCGUGGCCUGGUACCACGAUGGCGUGGAUCUGAACGUCAACAGCAACUACUACAUCACCAACGUGUGUGGAGUCUGCUCCUUGCUCAUUCUGAGGGUUGGCGCUAAAGAUGGCGGCAUAUACAAAGUUGUGGUGGAGAAUUACCUGGGGUCGGCCGAGUGCUCCAUGACGCUGAACGUUAGAGGGUAA